GCGCGCAGCGAGCACGAGCACAGUUGAGUUCUUUCCGUGCGCGUGCGCGUGAGAUUAGGCUGCUCUUAGCUCGCGGUCCGGUGAGCGCGAGGACACCGGCAGAGUGAGAGUCCCACACACCGCGGCUGGUCCACCGGGAAUGAUGUCCGUGAUGAGUCCGUGGAGGGGAACCAGAACCUAACGGCUACUUCCUCAUCGACCGUUGGAUGUUUAGAGGUGUUCGGGUGCUGCGGGAGGAACAGGUGUCAGCGGGUGUCUCCAUCCCGACCGGGACUGCAGGUGGUCCACUGGGUCUCUGGUCUUCUGGUGCUUUUUCUUCUUGUCUCUGAACCAUGUUGUGGACACGGUGGCUCGUCCUGCUGCUAUGGUGGGGAGCCACCAGCGCAGAGCAGCAGGCGGAUGAGAGGGACGGGCACCGAGCGGAGGUCAGGUCGGACCCCCGCAGGCAGCGCUCCCCUCCGCCGUUGGAGCCGCUGGACUUUGGGUUUGUUCCCGCAGCGGUUUAUGAGACCCACGCUUACUACGAGCCGGGGACCAUAGGAAUCCUUUUCCACAUGGUCCACGCGUUUCUGUACGUGGUUCAACCAAACUCUUUCCCCAAAGAUCUUAUUGUUAGAAUCAUUCAGCAAAACAUGGGAGGAAUUAAAAUAGAAGAAUGGAGAAAGCCAGAAAACGUUGUCCUGCUGCUACAGUGGAUCCACUAUGAAUCUGGAUUCCUAAUAUGCACGGCAUUUGGAAUCGUAUUUGUGGUCCUCACCCCGAUUGUUGCCACCUGUUUCUGCAUGUGUCGAUGCUGCGACAACUGCGGAGGUGAGAUGCAUCAGAGGCAGAGGAAAAACGCAGACUGUCACCGAGGUUUCUUCACCGCCUCGCUCAUUGCCACCACCACCUUCAUCAUUCUGGGAGUACUUGUCGCCUAUGCAGCAAACCACAACGUCAGCUCUCAAAUUAAAAGCACUCGGAGACUCAUCAACACCAACAUGAGAGACCUGAAGACAUUUGCUAACAACACCCCAUCACAAAUCGAGUACCUGACUGCCCAGUACACCACUGCAAAGAACAAAGUCCUGUCAGACCUGGACAACAUUGGACCUUUGCUGGGAGCCAGAAUCCACAGUCAUCUGGAGAAAGAGGUGGUUCCUGCGCUUGAUGCUGCCCUUCGAAUGGCAGCAGCAAAAGUUGAGAGUGCUAUUAAAGCCAUGCGGGAGACCAAAGAGGCCCUGGAGAACGUCAGCUCCGCCUUAGAGAUCCUUCAGGAAGGAAUGGGAAAGCUCCAGGCCAGUCUGGCAGGAGAGCGCUCAUCUCUGUCCAACACCCUGUCCGACCCUGCCUGCACCAACGGAGCCGUGUCUCCCACCUGUAACACCAUCCGGUCCACCCUGCCUCAGCUUGGAAUCAAUGCUGACUUCUCCAAACUCCCGAAUGUUAAUUACGCCUUGGCCAACAUGAAUAAUGUACUGAAAAUAGAUCUCAGUAACUUUGUCCAAAAGGGUUAUGCCUCCUUCAAUGACACACCAGCGCUGGUAAAAGAGCAAACCAGAAACAUCGUCACAGCUCUCCCUCGAGUGAAAAGCAUGCUGGAUAAGAUUGGGAAUGAGAUCACCGCCUUCUCCAAGAUGUUCCCAGUGGAAUCCUCUCUUGCCAAUUUCACCAUAUUUCUCAACGACAGACACAAGGUCAUCGAGUCGUUUUACCCCCAGGUCGACCAAAUGGACUUCUACAGGUGGAUCGCCUGCGUGACGUUGCUCUGCACAGUCGUCCUGAUUCUGGCCUUCAACAUGCUCGGCCUGCUCUGCGGCACCUGCGGCUACGACAAGCAGGCUUCCCCAACGACACGCGGCUGCCUGUCAAACACCGGUGGAAACCUGCUGAUGGCUGGCGUGGGCUUCUCUUUUAUCUUUGCCUGGGGGCUGAUGGGCGUCGUUACCACCCUGUUUGUUGUUGGAGGCAACGUGGAGAAGCUGAUGUGUGAACCUCUGGCUAACCGACAGCUGUUCAAGAUCAUAGAUACACCAUUCCUGGUUCAUCCGGAAAAAAGGAAUUUCCUUCCUGGGAUGCUCUUCCAGAAUCCAAACAUCGACUUGACCCUGGGCAGCAUGUACAGGGAGUGCUAUGAGAACAACGGCCUUUAUCACGCUCUGCAGCUGGAGAACAUCUUCAACAUUAACUCGUUCCUAAACAGGACCGUGUACAACAAAGACCUGGCCAAGGUGUUCGAAGGAGUCCAGGUGGACCUGAAGGACAUCUCGCUGCUGGACCGGGCCAGCAGAGAUAACCUCAUGAACUUUGCCAACUCAGGUGUUGGAGAGAUCGACUAUCCGGCUUACCUGGCAGAGGUAAAUAAGGGAGUCACGGUUGUCGAUCUGCUGUCUUUCUGUUCCGACCUGGAGGAUCAGGCCGACCAGCUGCCGCGUGGAGCUUUGGAGAAUGCCCUGAAGGGACAUGCCAGCAGCAUCAGAGCCAUCCACAGGGAGCAGGUGGUGCCUUUGGAGCAAGCGAUGAAAUAUGUCAGAGCGCGGAGCACCCUGAGCCAGAGCAUCAAACUGCUGCAGAGGACAUCCAACGACCUGCCUGUGAAAGUCACUAAUAUCCUGAGCGCCAUCGAUGCAGCGGAGUAUCUAAUCACUCACAACGCCUCACAUGUUGUGAAACAGGAGACGAAGGUCUUUGUGCAAAGCCUGGAGGGAUACUUCAAGCAGUACACUGAAUGGGUUAAAAACUCACUAACUGCAGAGGUAGCCCAGUGUAAACCCAUCAGCAACAUGGUGGACAGCAUGGAGAUAGUGGCGUGCAGCUUCAUCAUCGACUCAGUGAACACAUUUUGGAUGGGUUUGGGAGCCUGCUGCAUCCUUCUGAUUCCCAGCAUCAUCUUUUCCGUCAAACUGGCCAAAUACUACAGACGGAUGGACACAGAGGACGUCUUUGAAGAUAGGGCUGAAACAGGUAAUCGUGAUGAACAGGUGUGUGAUAUCAGUGGAAACGUCGCUCCGCUCAGCUCUCCCUAUAAUGACACACUGACUUGGUUCCCUCGGGCCUCAGCUCCACCAGGUGAAUGGUGACCUAUUGGAUCGCUCUUCCUUGUUAGAGUGGGCAGGAGAGCUGGAACUGAUCUGUCCUUUAAAGGAUCUCUGGGAUUUUUUCCAACUUUUAGAUCAUCUAACGCUUCAGUGGAACAAAAGAAAGGGAAUAAAAACCAACAAUCAGGAACACUCCUUCAACUUGUUUUAACAGAUCUCUGAUGGCAUCCUUCUAGCUUUUCACACUGUAGAAAUCACUCUAUUCCUACAUAAUAACACUGACUUAAAGCAAAUUAAACUGCAUGAACAUCAGUUUUAAGGCAACAACUGAAGUGUAAAUUUUUUUUACUUUCAAAACUUUUGAAAGUUUUAUAUAUUUUGUUAAUCUUUGUUUUAUAUAAAGUUAGUACUGUUUUUUUUUGGUAGAUUUGUUGUUUGGUUGUUUUUUUUCUCACUGUGCAUAUUUGUAUCAUAGGGAUGACUGCAUAGAUUUUUAAGUGAAAGUAUAAGACAACACAGUCAGGCUUUGCUAAUGGAUUAGACACAUCAGUGGUUAUUUAGCACAAAAUAAAUGAUUAUUGUAAUAUACUACUUAAAUUGUUAGAAGUUUAACCUAAUAAAGGCUUUAUGAGAAGUCUUUUUGAUCACCAGAGCUAUAACUUUUCUUCUAAUCACCAUGAAUGUCUGCAAAAAUACUCUUUUUGUUCCAUCAAAUCAUUCUCCAGACAAAAGCCUAAAAUUUGAACCCCAGGCUUUGCAAGUAAUGGUACAUUUCAGUUUACAACAACAUUUAAAUUGAGAUUAUAUCUUUUAUUUGCGAUUAUAUAAACAUGUUUUUGAAUAGAUCAAAGAUUUUAGUUUUCUGUUUGUUCUAAACACGUAAAGUUUCAAGUUUUUAAUAACAUUCAGACACAUUUUCUCUCAGCUAAUCCUGCCAGGGAUCACGAAGGAGAUUCCCAAAAUGUUGAAAUAUGCCUUUAAAUACUAAACAAGUUAAUUGGCAGCUUCAAAGUUUAUCCCAUAACAAGCAGGGAAAACUGGUGUGCACAUAUUUAGCUUGUUAGCAUACUGUUAUGCUAAACACAUAGCAGUAUUUCAGGACAGCUAGCACACAAAGGCAGCAUAGCAGGCCGUUACUAGACCCUGUCGCCAUGACGACAGAGGUCCAACGACCAAAGGAUAAUGUCGGGGUUUGUUCAUAAGGUGCAGAUCUGUGAAUAAAAACUUCAGUUCAACAAG